AUGAACGAGACCAGCGGAGUAUACGGCGCACCAGGCGGUGGAUCGUCCACUCCGACCAGCUCGGUAGCAGCACAUUCGAGCGUACCCGCUCAGUAUUCGUCAUCCAUCUCCAACGACUCAGACGACUCCAAUGGCGUAGCAUCAACUGCUUCUAUGACGCCCGAUGUCGUCGCAAAUCCGUGGAACACUUCACUGCUUUGGUCGUCUGGCAUCGUUGACAACAGAGAUCCACGCUCCUCCUUCUGGCCAGCUUCCAAUUGGCAUAACAUCAGCGUCCCACAGAACGUCGACACUGCUCCCAUCGGCUAUUACUACUCUUCAUCAACAGCAGGCGACUCGGUCAACUUCUACUUUACCGGCCAUGGUCUCUCCGUGCUUGACUAUCGUGGACCCACGCGAGGCAAGUACAACGUCACCAUCGACAACGUGACAUCCGUCAUCGUCGAUGCCUACUCAAAUGUAGAUGAGCUCGCCAAAUCGUCUGGCACCGAGCUACCGCCUGCCAUCUGGACCUCCGAGACCUUCGAAGAAGGUACUCACUACGUCGUGAUGAGCAACCUCAACAAUAUCACAGACAUGAACUUCUGGGGUGUCGUCAUCAACCCAAACAAUUACAGGCCUGGAAAGUCGUUCAAGGCACCCGCUUCCAACACAAAAGUCAUCGUGAUCGCUUCCACCGUCACUGCAGUGGUCAUGAUCGGCAUUUUCCUCCUGGUCGGCUCACUCGUGUACUACUACAAGCUCCUCCGUCCACGACGCCUACUCCAGCAACAGCUGGACCUCGAACGCAAGGAAGCCUUGCUGCCUCCCAGCUCAUCCUCAACUAAUCUUGAUGUGCCAGCUUCACCCACGUCAUCACGCUUGCGACUCGACACCAACUUCCUUGCCAGCCAGGGUGACCUUGGCAGAGUACCAAGCAGGGUCACUGCCACAACGAACGAGUCUCAGUACUGGGUUCGUUCCGAGACCGAGUUGGCUCACUUCCAAGAAACCAGACAGUCGAGCAGAACGCCCGCCCUUUUUCAAGAGAUUCGUCUCGAGUCCGCUCAAGACUCUCCGCUAUACUCUCCCGUAGAUUGUAGCCCGGUCUGCGAGAUGGGCAUGGGCUCCACCAUCUACUCGACCGAAUUCGGUCGGCCGCUUUCGCCUCUAUCUCCAACCAAUCCCGCGUAUGCCACCGCCCAGACACCGGCAUACCAGCUUCCCUUCUCGCAAUCAAGACCUGUGCCGAACACAUGCGAGACUACGAACCAGCCGCCGUCCCAUCAGCAUUUGGGCUCGCUCAAUCUCAACUCGUCGGCCAACAGCCCCACCGUUCCUGGUGAACAUGCCAGCCUGAGCCACUCGCAUCAUCAUCGUGCCGCUUCUGUACCAAUGGCCUAUACAUCCAGAGAUCCGUCCGCGCCGGCAACCGUAACCGAUCUUGUGAGGACAGGCUCGCGACGUCCAUUGCCAACACCCCCGACAACAGUCUCGCCCAUCAGUCCAAUGACCACCUUCCCGCCCUCAGCCCAGCCGUCAAUAGUAGCAACCGCAACUCCACCUUCAUCCGUCUCGGUCGGUCGCAGUGCGUCCCAGCGCUAUCGCGUCGAACAAGACGCGUGCUCCUUCCGUCUUUCCGACGAUGGCAUCUUCGAUGACCACACUGGCGAGGCCUUGCUGCCUCCACCGUAUGCGCCCAGAGACAUGGGCCGCCGUUUUGCUUAG